GUGAGAGAAAGAAAGCGAGCGAGAGAGAGAGAGAGAGAGUGAGAGAUAGGGGAAAGGAGGGAGGAGGGAAGGAGGUACCACUGCAGACGUACAGCCACUGUCACAGCUCCACAGCCAGAGGACAGAGGAAGAAACUGCAGUGAACAGCAGCAGCACAAGGAAGCAUGGAGGAGCAAGACUCUAUCGUUCAUCUGGACCUCUACCCCUCUCACUGACAAUCUUCCUCUGGGAAUCCCCAUGAAGAGGGGAGUAGAGAAGAGAAGAGGGUCAUAGAGGACAAGAGGAGUAAUCUCUCGAUCUGCCCUUCAGGAGAGGAAGCACCAGUCCCUUACUCUAGUGGGACAAAUCACACAUUAUUAUUUGUUCUGCCUGUCGGACCUGUGUACGUCUUGGGCUAUCUUCCCCUGCGGUGACCUUCUGGACUGUGUGGACUUACGUUGACCCUGGAAAGGACCAUGGGGCUGGGGUGGAGGUGGAGGGGUGCAGGAGGGACCCCCAACAUAAGGACAGGGGGCAGCACAUUCCUCUGGGCGACAGUACUGCUGCUCUGUGGUACCUGGAGGGCUAACACACAGACGAUAGAGGACACCAAGUCUGUAUACUUCUGGGAAACAGGGCCAUGGGGCAGAUGUAUGGGCAGUGACUGUGGCCCAGGUGGCAGCCAGAGUCGGGCUGUGUGGUGUGCCCACGUGGACGGCUGGACCACCCUCCACACCAACUGUGACCAGUCCCAGCGGCCUUCCAACCAGCAGAACUGCUUCCGUGUGUGUGACUGGCACAAGGACCUUUACGACUGGCAACUGGGUGCCUGGAACCAGUGUGUGUCCGUGUCAGCAAGGACCUUUGGGGGCAUGCGGCCAUACGUAUGCAAUGGGGGUGAGGAGGGCAUUCAGACUCGGGAGGUGGGCUGCAUACUAAAGUCCGACGAGUCUCCCGGAGAGGACACCAUCUGUGAGUACUUUGAGCCCAAGCCUCGACUAGAGCAGGCCUGCCUCAUCCCCUGCCCUCAGGACUGUGUAGUGUCUGAGUUUACCCCCUGGACGACCUGCUCAAAAACCUGUGGAACCGGUCUAAAGAACCGGGUGCGCAGUGUCCUGGUGCCUCCGCUCUUCGGGGGUUCCGCCUGCCCCAACCUGACCGAGUUCCAGACCUGUAAGCCAGGGCCUUGUAAGGGGCCUGAGGGGGUGUACAGCCUCAGGGUGGGGCCCUGGACGUCCUGUUCUCUCCCCAUUUCCCGGCCGGUACGGCAGGCCAAACGUAGGAAGGGUAAAGGGGGGGCCAGGGAGAGGCCUGGGGUCAAAGACCCUGAUACUAGGGAGCUGAUCCAGAAGAAACGGACCAGGAACCGGCUCAACAGGCAGGAGAGUCCCUUCUGGGACAUCCAGGUGGGAUACCAGAGUCGCACGGUGUCCUGUGCACACAGGAACGGGAGCACGGUGGGACUCAGUCGGUGUCUGCCCAGGGACCUCCCUCUGACGGUCCAGUCCUGCGUCCUCGCUAAGGACUGUGAGCUGAGCGAGUGGGCAGACUGGGGACCCUGCUCCAAGGCCUGUGUAGACCCAGACCCUGAGUCCCCCCGGGGCCAACGCUCCAGGACCAGACGCUUGCUCCAGUUCUCCGUGGGGGAGGGGGAGGACUGCCCGCCGCUGGAGGAGACGGAGCCAUGUGACCCCCAGUGGGAUGGAGUACCGCCCUGUGCCACUUACACAUGGAGGACUACAGAGUGGAGCGACUGUAGAGUGGACUCGUUGCUAAGCCAACAGGACCGUCGGCGUAGCAACCAGACCGGCCUGUGUGGUGGAGGGCUCCAGAAUCGAGAGGUGUACUGUGUCCAGGCCAACGCCGAACUGCUGACCUACCUCAACAACCUCAAAGACAAAGAUGCAUCCCGUCCUGUGGACAGCAAGCUGUGUGGGGGUCCCGUCCCCAACACGUCCCAGCUGUGUCACAUCCCCUGUCCCAUCGAGUGUGAAGUGUCCCCAUGGGGGGCCUGGGGACCCUGCACCUAUGAGAACUGUGAUGUCCAAGAAGGGAAGAAAGGUUUUAAACUGAGGAAACGGGAGAUCAGCAAUGAGCCAACGGGUGGACCAGGGAACUGCCCUCACCUGGUGGAGGCUGUCCCAUGUGAUGAACCCAGCUGCUGGGACUGGCGCCUGGUCAGACUGGAUGAGUGUAGCCCCGACGGGGAGCUGCCGUGUGGCCCUGGGACACAGAUACCUCAGGUCCAGUGUGUUAACAGCACCGGUGACAUGGUGGACAGGGAGCUGUGUGGGGGAGCCCCUGCCCCUGAGCCCAUCGCCUGUGAGGUGCCUUGCCCUAAGGACUGUGUCCUCAGCGACUGGACCUCCUGGUCUUCCUGCUCCCAAACCUGUUCCAGCAAAACCAUUGAGGGCAAGCAGCUGAGGACCCGCUCCAUACUGGCCUACAACGCUGGCGAAGGUGGUGGCAUGUGCCCCAACAGCAGUUCCCUGCAGGAGGUGCGGAACUGCAACGAGCAUGCAUGCACGGUGUACCACUGGCAGACUGGCCUCUGGGGCCCCUGUACAGAAGACCCCUCAGCCUCAGCCCUCAACACCACCACUGGCCCCAGGUCUGCUGCUGGCCCCAACACCAAUGGGCAUGGCCCCUGCUCCCAAGGCAUGCAGACACGCAAGGUCAUCUGUGUCCGGGUCAAUGUGGGACAGGUGCCGCCCAAGAAAUGUCCUGAGAAUCCUCGUCCAGGUACAGUGCGGCCCUGUCGAAUGCCCUGUAAGAAGGACUGCAUCGUCACCCCCUUCAGCGACUGGUCCCAGUGCUCUCCCACCUGUGAUGCAGCUGGUAACAUUCAGAAGAAGAAGCAGUCGAGAAACCGCGUCAUCCUCCAGCUGCCAGCCAACGGGGGCCAAGACUGUCCUGAGGUGCUGGAGGAGGAGAAGGACUGUGCGGCUCCCAAAGUCUGUCCUGGUUACAGGUGGAAGUCACACAAAUGGAGAAGGUGUCAAUUGGUGCCAUGGUACAUCAGGGAGGACAGCCCAGGGGCUCAAGAGACAUGUGGACCAGGUCUUCAAACAAGAGCCGUGUCCUGUCGCCAGCUGGACGGAGCGCAGGCAGACAUUGGGGAGUGUCUGAAGUUUGCCAACACCAUGCCCCCCAUCACUCAGCGGUGCCAGCUCCCAUGCCAGGACGAUUGCCAGCUCACCAACUGGUCCAAGUUCUCGUCCUGCACAGCCGACUGUGUAGGGGUUCGAACCAGAAAGAGGUUGCUUGUAGGGAGAAGCAAGAAGAAGGACAAGUGUAAGAACACCCAGAUGUACCCUCUGAGCGAGACCCAGUACUGCCCGUGUGACAAGUACAACGCCCAGCCCGUGGGCAACUGGUCCGACUGCAUCCUGGCCGGGGGAGACCGCGUGGAGAGCCUCCUGGGCAUAAAGGUCCAGGGGGACAUCAAGGAGUGUGGCCAGGGCUACCGCUACCAGGCCAUGGUGUGUUACGACCAGGACAACAGACUGGUGGAGACCUCACGAUGCAACAGCCACGGCUACAUUGAGGAGGCAUGCAUCAUCCCCUGUCCCUCAGACUGUAAGCUCAGUGAGUGGUCCAACUGGUCCCGCUGCAGCAAGUCAUGUGGUAGCGGGGUCAAAGUGCGUUCCAAGUGGCUCCGGGAGAAACCCUACAACGGAGGGCGACCCUGCCCCAAACUGGACCACAUCAACCAGGCCCAGGUGUAUGAGGUUGUGCCCUGUAUUAGUGACUGUAGUCAGUAUGUGUGGGUGGCUGAACCCUGGAGUGGGUGGAAGGUCAGCAACGUGGACCUGAAGGAAAACUGUGGAGAGGGCGUCCAGACACGCAAAGUCAGGUGUAUGCUGAACACUAUCGACGGUCCAUCUGAGUCUGUGGAGGACUACCUGUGUGACCCAGAGGACAUGCCCCUGGGGACGCGGGGAAGCCGGCUGCCCUGCCCCGAGGACUGUGUCCUCUCUGACUGGGGCAGCUGGAACCACUGCAGCCUGCCAUGCAGUUACAACAACAGCAGGAAACGGACAGCCUACGCCAUCAGGUCACCUGGAGCAGGGAGACCAUGUCCAGACACCACAGAGAAGGAGCCAUGUCGUCUGAACCUGAACUGCUUUCACUAUUUCUACAACAUCACAGACUGGAGCACAUGUCAGCUAAGUGCCAAUGCUGUGUGUGGGAACGGCAUCAAGACGCGGAUGCUGGAUUGUGUACGCAGCGACGGCAAGUCUGUCGACCUCAAGUUCUGUGAGGAGCUGAGCCUGGAGAGGAAGUGGCAGAUGAACAUUUCCUGUGUGGUGGAGUGUCCCGUCAACUGCCAGCUGUCUGAUUGGUCAGCCUGGUCGGAAUGCUCGCACACGUGUGGACUGGAUGGGAGGAUGUGGCGGAGCAGGGUGGUGGUGCAGGCGUCCCAGGGAGACGGGCGUCCCUGUCCCUCUCAGUUGGAGCAGUGGAAACCUUGUCCUGUCAGACCCUGUUACAGGUGGCAGUACAGCCCCUGGUCUGAGUGCAGAGUGGAGGAGGUGGUAUGUGGAGCGGGACUUCGCUACCGGAACCUGUCAUGCUUCGUGUCGGACGGCUCCAGAGAGGGAGAGGGCAGCAUGGUGGAGGAGGAGCAGUGUGGGGGUCUGGAGCUGGCUGUCAACAGAGACAAACUGAUCAUACUGAAGGAGACCUGUGUUCUGCCCUGUCCAGGUGAAUGCUACCUGAUGGAGUGGUCUGACUGGAGCCCGUGUCUGAGUGUGUGUGCCAAAGGGGCCGGCGUGGACUUUGGCUCUGUCCAGGUGCGCUCGCGAGCCGUCAUGGCCCAGGAGCCCGAGAACAUCCAGCUGUGUCCUGACCAGGACUGGGAGUCCCGACCCUGCACUGAUGGGGAGUGUUAUGAGUACAAGUGGAUGAGCAGCACAUGGUCAGGCUCCUCUCGCAUCACCUGGUGUCAGCGCUCUGAUGGACUCAACGUCACAGGAGGAUGUCCCCCUAUCAAUCCUCCAGGGGAUGACAACAACUCCUGUGGCCCACCGUGUCAAAUGCCAAUGUCCUUCUGUUCUGAGGCUGGCGUGUGCAUGUGCGAAGAGGGCUACACCGAGGUGAUGUCCUCCAGUGGCCAGCUGGACCAGUGCACCCCCAUCCCAGUUCUGGAGAUCCCCACAGCCGGGGACAAGAAGACUGACGUGAAGACCAGCCGUGCCAUCAACCCCACCCUGCCUGCCACCAUACAGCCUGGACGCACCGGACGCACCUGGUACCUGCAGCCCUUUGGACCAGAUGGCAGGCUGAAGAUGUGGGUGUAUGGUGUAGCAGCCGGAGCCCUGGUGCUGCUCAUGUUCAUAGUGUCUAUGAUAUACCUAGCUUGUAAAAAGCCAAAGAAACCACAGAGACAGAGGCAGAUGAACAACCGAUUGAAACCUCUCACCCUAGCCUAUGACGGGGACGCUGACAUGUAGGACUCUGGGAUAGCCUAGUCCUCCAGAGACCUGCCACACCUGCCAUAAAAACAAAGAGACAUAUCCCAUCAUAGGAAGGAAAGGGAUGUUUUCAUCAGCAGAUCAGAAGAAGACCAACGGCCAUUUUGAAUCCAUUGUGGGUCCUCCAGAGUUAAAUGGAGAUUGGAAUUGAGGAAACAUUUCUCCACUUAGACAUAUUUGGGGUUAGACCAUUUCAAGCAGCAGUUCUCCUUUUUCUCCUUUUAUUUUUUGAUAUUUCCUUACGCAAAAGCCUUCACAGCCUCCACUCACUACGAGGAAAAAGCCUUUUUUUUGUUUCCCCUUAUUUGUCAGCAAAGACUGCUUUCAGAUGGAAGGGCUGCUGCGAAGAGACAAACUGUUUUGUCUUUGAACACAAACAGCACAAGCUCAUUUAUUUGCCGUGUUUUCUGCUUGUCACUGAAACGCUGAGUAGCUGGAGGCUUAGGAUGCGCUGACGGUUCGCACGUUGCCAAAAGUCACCGCAGGGAAGGGGAGAAAAUCUCCAUGAAAAGGCUCGGAUUUCUUUCUCAAACCUCAACUGGAUUUUGACUGAAAUCUCCUUCUUCAGUCGCAAACAAAGAGAUACUUUUGAUUUCUGGUUGAUUCCUAGGCAGAGGCCUAUCUUGAAGGAUGAACGUACAGACAGAGAGCACAAGAUGAGAAACGACCACUGGUUACUGGAUCUAUUGCUUUGUUUCAGAUGCUAUUAUUGCACUAUAUUAGUGCAGCAUGAAAUGCACAUGAUGACUUAUACAUUGUAUUGCCAUAUAACAUUGCCUCUCUUAAGAAACAACCAUAUGCAGUUGGAAACAAAAUGAAAAUAAUGGGCAUUUUCAAUGGAACACUACACCAUGGAUACAUGAAAACUGGAGAUGAUGUCCACAUUUUAUAACACAGGGGGUGUGAAUCAAUAGUAAAUAUGUAUAGAUUUUAUUUUGUCACAAUUGGUUUUGUUUUUGGUCCCAUAUCUUUUGUGGUCUAUAUAGUUUAUUUGGUAUUAUCCCUCUCUAUGCCUAAAUGAAAUCCAUCAGACUACUUAAAUGAGGACAAUUGAUUCUGUUCUUGCUUACAAUGAGAUAUUUCCAAUGGUUUAAAUGUUCAAAAUAUGAAGUAUAGCCCAUAUGUAGAUGGAAGAUAAAUGGGUAACUGGAUUUUCUUCUUUUUUAGAUAACAUGUUUCGCAAAAAACUAAACCCUUCUAAAGCUAAAACGAUGUGUGUGGCUACUAUUGUAUUUUUAUCUAACUUCUAAUGUCACGCAAACGUAACUUCUGCCUUAUUGUCAAUGAUCAACUAUCUACAGUACCAUAUACAUUCAUGAAACCAACAUAUUUAAUGAUGGGUGCUGCACAGGUUUAAACUGUAUGUCGUUGAUAUGUGAUGAAUGAUUGAUGAAUUUGAUGAUUGAUGAAUUUAGAUGGAAGUUAAACAAUACAAUUUUCUAGGAGCUGUCGGGAACACUACAGUUCUUUUAAGUUCUCACUUAAGACUAUUUAAAUGUCUUUUUUCACAAUGACCCAUAUCAUAGGUGCCCUUACACAUUAUAAUGACGCAGUCGUUCUCCUGAGGUACAAUAUUACAUCAUAUAUUCUGUAUAUAUCGAGGUCCAUCUAAGCAACCUUCAUUACAGUAUAUGAAUACAGAGGAAAUAUGAUGCCGCUGUCCUACAGUGGCAGAAUUCGACUAGUCUGCCUGAUAGCUAGAAGAGCAGCUGAUGAGGAGAAUGUUUACUUUUCUGUUAGUUUUCCUUGUAAAUAAUAACAUUUGUUAAUUUUCUUGAAAAAAAUAUCAACAUAUGUGUACAUUUAUUUUGUAUUGCACAGAAAUGUUUAGUUUGAAUAUUGCAAAGUGGGUGUAUGAUAUUGCUGAUGGUGGUUCUCUUGAUGCAAGUUGUGUGUUGUAAAAAAAGAUAAGACUCCGUCAUUUUGUAGAGGUUGUUUAUAUAUGUAUCGGAAGAAUUACUAAAAAUAAAUGAAGAAAAUGUUAUAAACA